AUGAGAAAUAUGUUCCUGAAGAUGAUCAAAGUGUCCGUGUCUUCUGGAGGCAACUGUAUUCGGACAUACAGACCAGAAAUAAAGAAAGGAACGUACAAUACCAUCAUUGUCAAUGUGAAGACUGUAGUUGCUGACAAUCUUCUUUUUUAUCUUGGAAGUGCCAAGUUUACUGACUUCUUGGCCAUAGAAAUGCGCAAAGGCAAAGUGAGCUUCCUGUGGGAUGUGGGAUCUGGUGUUGGACGGGUAGAGUAUCCAGAUCUGACCAUUGAUGAUGGGUUUUGGUACCGGAUUGAAGCCUCUAGGCAAGUACAUAUUUCACUUCCAAGAUUUGGUUCCUAAUGAAAAAACAGCCAA